AUGUGGCCUUUCUCGCUCCUCUCCUCCUGCGACCGACAAGAUGCCUGCGCUCCUCCCAGCAACGCCGUCUCGACCGCCGCGCUGCUCUCGGCCCUGCCCUUUGCCGCAGUUUUCCUCGCCGCAAACACCGUCGCCGUGCGCCUCGUCUUCCCGAAGCUGAGCGCCGCGGCGCAAGACGACAUUCGCGACGGCGAGGGCCACGUCCUGCCGGCCCAUGCGCCCGCAGCGCUGCGACAGGUCCACGCCGAGCACGGCAGCAAGAGCUGGAGACGGCGCGGCGCGGCCUGGGCCUUUGGCACGACGGUUGGGCUGGCGGCGACGCUGGGCGCGCUCAUCAUGGCCGAGAUACUCGAGGCGGUCGAUCCGGCGGCGCGCAACCUGGCGCUGCGUGUGACGGUGCCGGCGCUGCUGUUUAUGCUGGUGGUGCUGAUUCCGUGGCUGGAGUGCCGGUCGCUGGUGUCGAGCGCGGGCUGGAGCUUCCAGAGGACGGCCAAGGGGACGAUGCCGCGCAUGGCGCUGGGGCUUCAGGCGGUGCUGUUUGGCGGCUGGUUGUUUGUCUUUUGGUCAAUGGGCAGCGUGGUGCCGAGGGCAGAGAUUAUGCUGCGGUCGCCGCCGCCUCCGACGACGAGCGAUGGCAGGGUCAAGGGCACGAUGGGCGAGGAUCUGACGAGGGCGUGUCUGGAGAGGAUUGGCGUGGUGGGCAUCUCGCUCAUGGCGCUGCUGUCGGGCUUUGCGUCGGUGUCGUCGCCGUGGCAUACGUUUAGCACUGCCGAGCUGAGGAAGCGGAAGCCCCUGACGGAGGCGGACUUGAAUCGCAAACAGACGGGGCUGGAUGCGACGAAUGAGAUGCUCGUCACGAAGAAGCAUAGACUGCACUAUCUGGAGAGGAAGAUUGCCGAGGAUGCUGCUGCCAAGGAGGGCAAAUCGGGAGGGCUUGUUGGGCUCGUCAUGGGGUCGAUCCGCGGACAGUCCAGCGAGCAGCUCGAGGUGCAGACGCUGCGGAUGGAGAUUGCCGGGCUGGAAGCCAUGGAGGCGAAUCUCUCGUCCAACCUGCUGCUGAUGAAGAGCCAGCGCGCAGCCUCGGCCCGGGCAUCCACCACGCUGGGCCGCCUCCUGCUCGUGCCGUCGUACAUCUUCAGCGCCUACUGCGUGUACCGCAUCCUCGCGACCUCUCUGACGACUCUCCGCAGAGCAUCUUCUCCAUCGGCCAGCUUCGCCAGCAGCGACCCCAUCAACCGCUUCCUGGGCCUGCUGGCGCGCCACUGGGACCCGAAGCUCGACCAGAUGGCCUGGGCGCGCCUCAUCAGCUUCGCCCUCAGCGGCGUCAUCCUCGUCGCCAGCGCAAACAGCGCAAUCCAGACGUUUCACCUGUUUGCCAAGUGGACGCCGGGGCUGCUGCGUCACGCGCAGGCCAAUCUCGCGCUGGCGGUGGGCCAGGUCAUUGCGACGUAUGUCAUCUCUGCGAGUUUGCUGUUACGGAGCCAGUUGCCCAGCGAGGCGAGGAGUGCUGUAGGGGGUGUACUGAGGGGAGCGCUGACGCCGGCGUUUGUGGAUGGCUGGUUUGAAGGGUGGUUUUUGCUGGGCAGUGUGGUGACGGCCAUGGGGAUUUGGGUUGGGAGGAAGAUUGGCGCGGCAGGGGGGGAGGAGGGGUGGGAUGAUUAUGGGAUGGAGGAGAUGGGAGCGAAGAGGUCUUGA